AUGGGUUUUGGCAUAGUCGAAGACCGCCCAACACCUUCCGAGGUCUAUAAUUGGCGAAUCUACACCUUUGCAAUCGUGGCGUCGUUUGGCGCUCUCAUGUUUGGUUACGAUGGCUCAUUCUGGGGAACGACGCUUGCCCGAGCCAGCUUCCAGGAGCAUUUCGGCUUCACGGACAUGUCCACCUCUGCCAGGACAUCCACCACGUCAAACCUUACCGCGGUCUACCUCGCUGCAGGUUUCUUUGGAUCGCUCUUUGCCUGGCCGUCCAGCGAGACGCUUGGCCGGAUCCAGGCAAUGCAGGUCACCUGCACUGUCUUUUUGGUCGGUGCUCUCCUGAUGACAGCUGCGACCUCGAGCUUGCCAAUGCUUUAUGCGGGGCGAGUCUUGACUGGCUUUGGCGUCGGUGCCUUGACGGGUAUUAUCCCGUCCUACAUCGCCGAGGUAGCUCCUACCGCCAUCCGUGGACAAUUAACUGGGUAUUUCGACGUAGCGUACCAGGUCGGCUCUUUGGUCGGGUUCUGGAUCAACUACGGGAUCCAACAACACAUGGGGGUCGACGCGGUGAUCACAUUCCGCAUUCCCAUGGCCAUUCAACUCAUCCCCGGAGGUGCUUUGGCCUUGGGAACGCUUAUCCUUCGAGAGUCGCCUACUUUGCUCUGGCGAAAAGGUAAAAGGGAACAAGCGAUCCAGAACCUCUGCUAUCUUCGCCAACUCCCCGCCGACCAUCAAUAUAUGCUGGAAGAAGUUGGCAGGAUCGAGGCCAGGCUGGAGGAGGAAGAACGGCUAUCUGGCGGCCGGACAGGCUGGGUGGCUCUACUGCGUGGUUCCACGGCCGAAAUGAAAGCUUCGAGUAUGCGAUACCGCCUCGCCAUAAUUGUUGGAAUGUUUAUGUUCCAGAACUGGUCCGGCUCCAUCUGCAUCAACUACUAUUCUCCGAUCCUGUUUAAGUCGCUCCUCAUCAGCGAUGUGGCGUUAUACACUGGCAUCUAUGGAGUCUGCCGGUCGGUAGCAGCUAUUGCCUUCUAUGCCUUGAUCGUGGAUCGCAGUGGACGUCGAAUCCCCUGGCUGAUCUCCGCCUCGGCAUGCUCCCUGGCACUCUUGUACAUUGCAAUCUUUACAACGGUGGCCGAUACAACCAUAGGAAUUCCUUCUGCCUCUGUCCGCGCCGCCGGUACCGGCGCAACCGCGAUGGUGAUGCUUUACGGAAUCUUCUGGAGUUUUGGAGGGAAUGGUCUACCAUGGAUCGUCGCCGCAGAGAUCUUCCCAGCCCGACUCAGGCCAAUCACCGGUGCCUUUGCCGCCUCUCUGCAGUGGCUAUUUACGCUCUGUUUCUUGACCGCCGUAUUCACCUUCAUUUGGGUUCCCGAGACCAAGGCAGUGCCCAUCGAGAGUUGCCAGGCGUUGUUCUCUGGCAAGAUGCGGCAUGCGGCCUGGCGAGCCAAGAAGCUCUUUCCACCAAACGGUAUCCCACCCCUCCCCGAGAAUAUCGCGGCGGGCGAAGCGGCAUACAUCCAGGCGCAUCGGCCAUCGUCUCCGUCCCAGGACUUCAUCAAGAGCAAGAACGACAGUGACCACAUCGAGUCUGUUUGA